AUGUAUCCAAAGGAAGAAAAGUUUAUUGAGGUUGAAAAGCCAACUUCUUUCCUUCGGGAAACAAUAAAAGAGAUGGAAGACAUUGACUCUACUGGAAUCCUCAAAUGUGUGGACCAGCAUGUAGUUGACACUUAUAAUGCUAUAAGCAUAGCCGCCAAAUUAGGUGCAUAUCGCUUAUUGCACUUUGAGGAAUUGCCUAAAGAGUGGCAAGAAAAUCCAUACAUUCGUUCUGGAUAUCGUUUCUUGUCAACUAAAAAACAAUGUCUUCAAUCAAUCUUUUGGAUUCACAAUGAAACUUGCAAUAUUUGGACUCAUCUUUUAGGUUUUGUGUUCUUUUUGGGUUUGGGUAUAUAUUCAAUCUUAACUCUGGAACACGCAACUAAGUUCGAUAAAUUUUUCUUUGCAAUCUUUUUCGUGGCAGCAGCAAAAUGCUUGGUUUGCUCGGUCAUGUAUCAUACAUUUAUCCAUUGCGCACACAUUCCAGUUAUGAAAUGUGCUGCUACGUUCGAUUACAUUGGGAUAUCACUUUUAAUCACGGCCUCGAUUUUAAUCACCGAAUAUUACAGCUUUUAUUGUUCAAAAUCUUUGGGUACAUUUUAUAUUAUCUUUACAUCAUUAGCUGGUCUUGUCCCAAUUGCAUGUUCAAUGUUCCCAUGGUUUGACACAAAGCCAUUCCGUUUGUUCCGUGUUGGUCUUUUCUUAAUGCUCGGUUGUUCCGGAAUAUUCCCUUUAACGCAUAAAAUUUUACUUCACGGAUUUGAAAAUACAAUGAAUUUUAUGCAGCCUAUAGUUUCGAGCAUUGCUGCUUAUCUCACAGGUGUUUGGAUCUAUGCCAAUAGAUUUCCUGAAAGAAAUUGGCCCGGGAAAUUGGAUCGAUUCGGAAUUCACAGUCAUUCAAUAUGGCACGUUUGUGUAUGUAUUGGGAUUUAUGAACAUUAUAAGGCUUCUUUAUGGUUCUUCAAACAAAAAGAUACUUGUUAA